AUGUACGCUUUGUUCUCAGCGACCGCAGCACAGGCCUACUGUCCUCCACCAGGACCGUUGCUUCCUCCACCAACGAUUUUUUCGAACUCGUCAAAAUUCUCCAUCUCGGAUUCAGUGUUCGAAAAUCUACCAUGGGCUUCAGACACGUCUUACGCGAUCAAAGCGUCAAUCGGCCAUACCACGGUCUUCGAACAUGAAUACUCGGCACCUGGCCGUGAAGUCGGUCAAUCGCUUUUAGAGACGCAGCUUCGAGUUGGCAGCGUUACUAAGACUUUCACAAUGCUAGCAAUUCUGCUCAGUGCAGACCAGAUCAAGCUUUCAGACCCCAUUACCAAGUUCAUCCCCGAGCUAGAUGAAGUAGCCUACGGCGAUGUCACCAUUGCUGCAUUGGCAAGCCAUACAAGCGGUAUGGGUCGCUAUAUCUACACUGGAGACCUUGCUAUAGUACCUGGUUUCAAGCCCGCCACUCUCGGUCUUCCAAGCAUCAACGGUACCGGUGACAAAGUGUCAACAUGCGACCCCUUCCCCGGCGGCAGAGUCUGCACUCGCGAGGAAGUAGUUGCCGGUCUCAACAACCCUGCAUAUCACCCACGCUCACCCGACUCUGGACCUUUGUACUCGAACAUCGGCUAUAAUCUCCUUGGUAUGGCUCUCGAAGCUGCCCACAACAAGACCUCCGAACAAGUCAUCCAUGAUCUGAUUGUCAAACCCCUUGGUAUGAGCAAGACAUCUUUCUCCGUCCCUACGAACUCCAGCACAGCUCUCCUUCCUCGUACAUCUGCAGACGCCGGUUGGUUCGUCCCUGAUCUCGGAAACUACAAUCCCUCCGGCGGCCUAUGGUCGACGGCCAACGACCUCCUCACCUUUCUACAAUCCAUCCUAUCUCACAAGCUACUCAACAAGCCUGAAACACGCCGCUGGCUACAACCCCGGGCUCUCCUGCCCUCGCUUAACCAAGCUGUCGGCGAGUCGUGGGAGAUUUUAAGACCUGCGGAUCUGGAUGUGAAAACUCAAAGGCCGAUUGACAUCUUCACCAAAACAGGUGGCGUGACAGGGUACGCAGCAUACACUGCAAUCAUCCGAGAGUACGGUAUCGCGCUUACGAUCAACGUUGCGGGUGCGCAUGCAAACGAAGCGAUUUCAGCGCUGUUCCCGCUGCUCAUGAAGCCGCUGGUGGCGUAUGCGGACAACUUGGCGCGAAAGCAAGCAGCAGUGGAGUACGAGGGUACGUACGAAGCCACUGUUGGUAAUAUGACAAACAGCAUGACGCUGGUUGUUGAUGACGGACCUGGAAUUGCCGUUGUGAAUCUGACAAUGAAUGGUGUUCCGGUCCUGCAGUCGCUUGCUGCUGUGCAGAAGAUCCCCUUUGAGAGCUUCAGCGCAAGGUUGUACCCGACUGAUCCGGAUUCGUUAGGGACCGAAAAAGAAGCAUGGAGGAUACUGAUUGAUAACAAGGAUAGACAGAGGGGUUUCGCUGAGUUGCAGUGUGCGAGCUGGAACUGGGGAGAUCCGUUCCGGUACGUCACGGAGCCAUUAGACACUAUCGUCUUCACCAAAGGAGCGGAUGGGAUCGUGAGCGCAGAGCUGCUGGGUUGGAGGAAACAGCUAAGCAAGACUUAG